ACUACGGCCUGGGAACCCCUCGCCCCCUCAUCCCCGGCCGCGCGAGCCAGGCGACACCGUAGGCUUCGGCCUACCCCCCCUCGGUCUCUUGUAGGCCGGGGUAGGUUCGGUUGAGUUUAAUCGUUGAGAUGUUGAACGUUUUUAGGAGCUCGAGCGAGAGAGAAAGGAAAAGUUGCAGCAGCCUGGCGAUGGUGGCAUCUACAUCUGCAGAACGUGAAGAACCAGUGGCAUCUACAUCUACAGAACGUGAAGAACCAGUGGCAUCUACAUCUACAGAACGUGAAGAACCAGUGGCAUCUACAUCUACAGAACGUGAAGAACCAGUGGCAUCUACAUCUGUAGAACGUGAAGAACCAGUGGCAUCUACAUCUACAGAACGUGAAGAACCAGUGGCACCUACAUCUGCAGAACGUGAAGAACCAGUGGCACCUACAUCUGUAGAACGUGAAGAACCAGUGGCAUCUACAUCUGCAGAACAUGAAGAACCAGUGGCACCUACAUCUACAGAACGUGAAGAACCAGUGGCAUCUACAUCUGUAGAACGUGAAGAACCAGUGGCACCUACAUCUACAGAACGUGAAGAACCAGUGGCAUCUACAUCUGCAGAACGUGAAGAACCAGUGGCAUCUACAUCUACAGAACGUGAAGAACCAGUGGCAUCUACAUCUACAGAACGUGAAGAACCAAUGGCAUCUACAUCUACAGAACGUGAAGAAAGUGUGGCAUCUACAUCUGUAGAACGUGAAGAACCAAUGGCAUCUACAUCUACAGAACGUGAAGAACCAGUGGCACCUACAUCUGCAGAACGUGAAGAACCAGUGGCACCUACAUCUGUAGAACGUGAAGAACCAGUGGCAUCUACAUCUACAGAACGUGAAGAACCAGUGGCACCUACAUCUACAGAACGUGAAGAACCAGUGGCAUCUACAUCUGUAGAACGUGAAGAACCAGUGGCACCUACAUCUACAGAACGUGAAGAACCAGUGGCAUCUACAUCUACAGAACGUGAAGAACCAGUGGCAUCUACAUCUACAGAACGUGAAGAACCAGUGGCACCUACAUCUACAGAACGUGAAGAACCAGUGGCAUCUACAUCUGUAGAACGUGAAGAACCAGUGGCACCUACAUCUACAGAACGUGAAGAACCAGUGGCAUCUACAUCUACAGAACGUGAAGAACCAGUGGCAUCUACAUCUGUAGAACGUGAAGGACCAGUGGCAUCUACAUCUACAGAAUGUGAAGAACCAGUGGCAUCUACAGAACGUGAAAAACCAGUGGCAUCUACAUCUGCAGAACGUGAAGAACCAGUGGGCAUCUACAUCUGCAGAACGUGAAGAACCAGUGGCACCUACAUCUACAGAACGUGAAGAACCAGUGUCAUCUACAUCUGUAGAACGUGAAGAACCAGUGGCAUCUACAUCUACAGAACGUGAAGAACCAGUGGCACCUACAUCUGUAGAACGUGAAGAACCAGUGGCACCUACAUCUACAGAACGUGAAGAACCAGUGGCAUCUACAUUUGCAGAACGUGAAGAACCAGUGGCAUCUACAUCUGUAGAACGUGAAGAACCAGUGGCACCUACAUCUACAGAACGUGAAGAACCAGUGGCAUCUACAUCUGCAGAACGUGAAGAACCAGUGGCAUCUACAUCUGUAGAACGUGAAGGACCAGCGGCAUCUACAUCUACAGAAUGUGAAGAACCAGUGGCACCUACAUCUACAGAACGUGAAGAACCAGUGGCAUC